UACAUUUCCCAUGAGCCACCAGUUCAUUUUUACGUCAUUAACCAAGAUGGCGGGGGUCGCAGCUUUUUUAAAGAAUGCGUGGAAUAAGGAGCCUGUCAUCUUAGUCUCAUGCACGAUUGGACUAAUGGGUCUAGUGCUCCCAGUAAUAAGUCCACUCACAAAGUAUUCAGGAAUGAUCAAUUCGGCAGUCCCAUAUAGCUACCCAGUUCCUGUGCGAGAUGACGGAAACCUGCCAGAUGUUCCCGUGCAUCCGUGUGAGCAAAGGGGAGAGAGGCUGCAAUGGCUCAAAAACCUUUGACUUUAACAUUCUUCCUCUCUUUGUUCUCUCUCUCCGUAUUUGUCAAUAUCCCACAAUAAAAAUGGUCUCUUUGAUGCAA